UUCUUCGCAUCUCUGUCAGUCCGCUAGCGAUUUACCUACACCUUCCUGGCUGGUCCAGAAACACUAGAAUAACUUGACAUAGUUUAAAAAAACAAAAUCAACAACAUCACAUUUCAAAUAAGGGUUGAUUUUUUAAUUUUUUUUUUUUUUACAUGAAAUAUCAAUAACGGAGGUGUUUCAGUUGGCUCAGCCGGGAGUUGGAGCUUUCACCGGAGCAUUUUCGGACCACCUCGACAACAUUGUGUUGAAAGACUUGUUGCUUCAACACAUUUGAAGGAGCAAUUUUUUAAUUCGUCGUCGAAGUUUUGUGUCUCUCCCUAGUCUGCUCCAGGCCUCAGCUUGGAGAGCCCAACCGCCACAAUUGAUCCCAGCAGCUGGAGCGGCAGCGAGAGCCCUGCCGAGGACAUGGAGAGGAUGAGCGAUUCGGCAGACAAGCCCAUGGACAAUGAUGCAGAAGGGGUGUGGAGCCCUGACAUUGAACAGAGCUUCCAGGAGGCCCUAGCCAUCUACCCUCCUUGUGGGCGCAGGAAGAUCAUCCUUUCUGAUGAGGGAAAAAUGUAUGGUCGAAAUGAGCUGAUAGCCAGAUACAUCAAGCUUCGGACUGGAAAGACGAGGACUCGGAAGCAGGUGUCUAGUCACAUACAGGUCUUAGCAAGAAAGAAAGUUCGAGAAAUCCAAGCUGCCAUUAAGGUACGUCUGGCUUUGCCCAGUUGCAGGGGGCUUUUCAUUGCCAUGGUUACAGGCUGUUCCUUUGUUUUCCUCCCCUCCCCUACCCCGCAGGUGUCUAGUCACAUUCAGGUUCUUGCCAGAAGGAAAUCUCGUGAGUUUCAUUCCAAGCUAAAGGUCACAAGUAUGGACCAGACCGUGAAGGACAAAGCCCUCCAGAGCAUGGCUUCCAUGUCCUCAGCUCAGAUCGUCUCUGCGACUGCUAUUCACAACAAGCUGGGCCUGCCAGGCAUCCCACGCCCAGCCUUCCCUGGAGCAGGGUUUUGGCAGGGCAUGAUUUCCACUGGCCAGCCAGGAUCCUCACAAGACAUUAAGCCUUUCGCCCAGCAAGCCUAUCCUAUCCAGCCAGCAGUCACAACGGCGAUUUCAAGCUAUGAGCCCACAGCAGCUCAAGCACCCACGGCACCAGCAUGGCAGGGCCGCUCCAUUGGUACAUCCAAACUCCGAUUGGUGGAGUUCUCCGCCUUCCUAGAGCAACAGAGAGACCCAGACUCAUACAACAAGCACCUCUUUGUGCAUAUCGGCCAGACGAACCAUUCCUACAGUGAUGCCCUGCUAGAGUCGGUGGACAUUCGUCAGAUUUAUGACAAAUUCCCUGAAAAGAAAGGAGGGCUGAAGGAGCUUUUUGGCAAAGGUCCCCAGAAUUCCUUCUUCCUCAUAAAAUUCUGGGCUGACUUGAACUGCAACAUUCAGGACGACACAGGAGCUUUCUACGGAGUGACGAGCCAGUACGAGAGCUCGGAGAAUAUGACCAUUACCUGUUCGACGAAGGUGUGCUCCUUCGGCAAGCAGGUGGUGGAGAAAGUGGAGACUGAAUAUGCACGGUUUGAGAAUGGACGCUUUGUCUACAGGAUAAGCCGGUCUCCUAUGUGUGAAUACAUGAUCAACUUCAUCCAUAAGCUAAAACAUCUGCCAGAGAAAUAUAUGAUGAACAGUGUGCUGGAGAACUUCACUAUCUUAUUGGUGGUGACGAAUAGGGACACCCAGGAGACUCUGCUAUGUAUGGCGUGUGUGUUUGAGGUUUCAAACAGUGAGCACGGUGCCCAGCAUCACAUCUACAGACUGGUAAAGGAAUGAGAGCCCACAAGCCCCUAAAUCCCCUCAAAUCCCCUCUUUUCAUAGACUUACCAACCUCAAAACAAAGUGGCAGUGCCUCUACCUGAAAAGUCACACCUACGAUGCUUUUUGGUCAUAGUAUUGGGUGAAGUCAGUUGUUAUGAAUUUGUUUUUGUUUUAAUGUUAUGUGUUUGUUAUUUGACUGCAGCUGUGAAUCGCGGUACAGUUGUUUUUAUGUUUGAAUACGGGAGUUAUUUCCUCGUUUAAAAUAUGUUGAGUCGAUCUCUGUUGGAUAUCCAUGUGGCCGUUCUUAAAGAAUUUACUGGUUGAGGUUAAUUUGGUAAACAAAUAUGUGUGUCGUCUUCUGCUUUGUUAAUGUACACUAAGAGAAAAAGGACGCUGGCCUUUUCUUUUUUCUUUCUUUUUUUUUUUUUCCCAAUGGCCUGUCGUGGUCAGUGUGUAUUAUGUACGAGUGUGUUUUGUAUGUCUAGUGGAUAACUUGUGAGCAUACAUACUGUAGAUAUACAAACAUACAUCCACAGCCAAUAGAUUUUCCAAAGAAACAAAAAUAUCAUAACACAAGACUAAAUAGAAGCUAGUGGAAGGCAAGUUGAUAGCAGACGUGAUUAUUACAAAAUUAGCGCUAAACAAACAAAAAAAGAUUUCUCAGCUUUCAGGAAAAAGUUUAUCCCUGUCAAAGCACUCCAAGUCUUAGACACUAACACCAGAAUGUAUGCACUGUGAAAAUACUACAAAGAUUUACCUGCAUCUGUUCCAUAAAUCUAGGAAGUUUGACCACCUGUUAAGCAGUUCCCAGUCUUUCUCCUGUGACAAAUGACAAGAGAAUUAUUUUGGGGUUUAGAUAAGUGAAAGCACUACUUUAAACAAAUGAACUCUGACUGGAUUUCAGCUUGUCCAAAGCACUUUGUUCCCCUUCUUGGACAUGCCUUAGUGACGCUAACGUGUUGUUGGUUUUUUUCCCUUUCUAGAUCUGUGGUUUUUUUAACUUAAAUAAUCAUCUGACAGUAAUCACUUCUAGACAGCAGGCCUUAUUCAAUACGCUGUGGCAUUGCCCCCCUCCCGGACGAUCGAUUUUUUUCCGUCUCCGAAUCUUUUCCCCCUCUGUGUAUCAUGCUAGAAGAAGUCCAGGCCAGAGUGUUGCUGCCUUUAUGUUCACACUAUCCCAUGUUUAUGUGGCCUACACCAGUUCCGAGCCUUAAACAUGUUAUAGCUGUGUGAACUCCAAAAGAUGCCACUAAAGCUGUGAUCUCUUUGCGGGAAGACUCUUUCUAAUGUUUGAAUUGUGUAAGGAAAUUCACAAUACAAUCUGCCAAAGUGUAAGUGUACAGUGCCUUAGAAUAUAUUGUAACAUUACCCAUUACUUUGUUUUUAAGUCUAAAGUCGAAACGUUUUUGUGGAUGGAAAAAAAAAUAGAUUAAAUGACCGUUAUACAGCUUGGUACAACAUUUCCACAUCUGAGAAAUUAUAAGUUACUUUUCAAAUGGUACACUCUUAGAAAUAGUUUUUUUUGUUUGUUUUGUUUUGUUUUUUUGUAAUGUAUCACACCUCUGCUGAAUGACGUUUGUUGAUUGAAUGUUUAUUGACGAGGGUUCUCCACAUCUGUGAGAGUUCUUAUAAAUAAAUUAAUACAGGUUCUAUUUUUUGAGCCUCUAUCUCUAACAGAAAAAGUGUUAAUAAAAUAUCAGCCUUUCUAAGAGUGUACUAUAUACAUGAACUGACUUUGCCUUUCCUGUUGCUGUAAAAGACCAAAAAAUACAGAGAUACAGUCAAUCUUUUGUCAUGUUCUGCACUGUAGCAAGGAAGUGCCUUUGGUUUAAAAAAAAAAAAUAAAUAAAAUAAUUCCAGCUUCAAAAAGACAGAAAUUAUGAAUUAAAUGUUGCUAGACCAAAAAUGAGACAUAAGUGAAACCAAUCACCACAUUGCCUUUUUGAAGGUUUGCAUCGAUGGCAGGGGACAGCUGGUUACUGGUAAAAUAAAUGAUCUAUUCAUUCUUACGACAAUGUAAUCUGAGUUCAGAACUGAUGCAUUUGAAGACAGCCUGUCUUUGUUUGAGGUCAGAGACUGAAAGACCUGUUGACACGUACAGCCGCUGACUGCAUGCAGGAUGUCAACGGAAUAAUAACCAAGAAAUGCAGCUGUCAAGAGUCAUAGGCUUCGUACACACCGGCAGCUUUAAAGGUUUUGGAAACAUUUUGGUAUUUUUAGUGACUGCAUAUUCACAAGACCUGAAUACCACACAACAUUAAAUAUUGAUAAUGCAGACGUAGUUUUGUUGUCAGUAAGGCAGGAGCCAGACAUGCGAGCUAAUAUUAUGUGAUGUUAUCAUCAGACUUGUUAAAAAACAAAAAAAAAAAAACACAAUGUGAUAUUUGGUUAGAAUUAAAUCUAUUAAUUUUUCAGUAAGGCCUGGAUUAAAUUUAAUUAAAUGGUUUGGAGUCUACAAGAUGCAGUGUAAUUGGUUACAUGGUAAUAGCUUCAGACAAGAACACAGUUAAAAAAAAAAAAAAAAAAAAAAAAAAAAAUUGGCUUUCAGACUGUUUCCAAAACCAAAAGAAAAGAUUUGUUGCCACCCUGGAAGCAUGGCUUUUAACUCAUCCUUAUCAAAAAAUUUAACACUGCUUGUGUGGACGAAGCCACAGAGGUUAAUAUUUUUCACCAUAGAGACCAUAGCUACUCAAUCAUAUAUUUACUGUUUCUUACAAAGCUGUAUUCAUCUGAAAGUAUCAUAAUCUAAGAAAUUCUAAAUAAUUGCAGACAAUGUCUCUGGUGGAUGCAGACAAAGCAAGUUCAAUCAUUCAGUAUUUUGCCACAGUCCUAUGGACACCGUGGUUUUUUAAUAGGCUUUUUUCCCUUAUGUUUACCCUGUGUAUCUGUUCACAUUUAUUGAUUACUUAGUGAGAUGUUCCUGUUUUCUUACUGUACUUGUAUACAAUUGUACUUGGUUUUGUGAUGACAUUGUCUGUAUAUUGCAAGCCCAAUAGGAUGGUAAUGAUGUUACUGCUGCACUGCUGGUACAUUUUGACAUGUCAUUUCAACCCUUAAAAACAGCAGGACCGAUGCCUUUGAUGGCAGGAAUGUCUAGCGGACUAUUUGAUUACAAAAACACAGAUGAGUCAUGGAGUCAUGCCACAAACAUAUCAGCAGUUUAGCUCUUGUUAUUUGUAAUUUUGUCUAAAGAGUAGGUACUGGUACCUUUUUGUUUCAUUACCAUUUUCAGAUGUUGGCUUUAAAAAGUGAUCUUUCACAUAGCUCAGAUAGUAUCAUACACACAUUUGGGUUUUUGUGUGCAGACUUUUUUUGUAAAAAGGUGCUUUGUACAAAAUUAUAUCUUAGCUUUUCUUGGUACAGAAGUGUGAUAUCUUUUCAUAUACACAAUGACAGUAAAGUGUGGAAGCAAGGAAAAGAAAAGAAACUGCUAUGUUUGUGUUCUGCAUAUGGUCUUGUUUUUGCUCUGUAACAUUAUGAUGCCUUCUUGAUAAUAGUAGAUAUUUUGUAGCUUUCUAGAAUACUUUGUAUGUAUGCAAUAUUGAAGUUAAAUAAAUCUGGAAAAUAUUGUC